GGGCCUGCGCUUAACCCUGUGUGUGCGCCCCGGCGGACGCAGCCGGGCUGGGCGGCCGGAGGCUCCGCGGUGUGGGCUCCGGGAUGGCCCCCGCGAGGGGCUGAGCCUCCGCCGGGGCAGGUGAGGCCCGGCCCGGAGGAGGAAGGAGGAGGAGGAGGAGGAGGAGGAAGGCGCGGGCCCGGGACCCAGAGGCCGCGGCGGGCUCCGAACCCCGGGCGGACGGGGCGCCCCAGCCUGAGCGCAGCCGGAGCGCGCCGGACCCGCCGGGCGGGGACCGCGAGAUGCCGGUGCUGAAGCAGCUGGGCCCCACGCAGCCCAGGAAGCGGCCGGAGCGCGGCGCCCUGUCCAUCUCCGCGCCGCUCGGCGACUUCCGACACACGCUGCACGUGGGGCGCGGCGGCGACGCCUUCGGGGACACCUCGUUCCUGAGCCGCCACGGCGGGGGGCCGCCCCCCGAGCCCCGCGCGCCGCCCGCGGGGGCCCCGCGCCCCGCACCGCCGGCCGCCGCGCCCCAGCCGCCGCCGCCCGCCCUGCGCGCGCCCGCGCCCGCCGACCCGCUGCUGUCCUUCCACCUGGACCUUGGGCCCUCCAUGCUGGACGCCGUGCUGGGCGUCAUGGACGCGGGGCGCCCCGGGGCCGCCGCCACCAAGCCCGGCGCCGACGCGGACCCCGGCUCCGGGGCGCAGCAGCAGUUCCCCGGCGCCCGCGGCCGCCCCAUCGCGGACCUAGAGCUGGACGACAUCAUUGGCCUGUAGGCUCCCUGCCCCCCUUCCCCCCGCACCCCACUUCUUUAUACAUAAACCGCUAAGG